ACUUGGCGGGGCCCUGAUUUGCCUGAUGAUCCCCAUGACGAUAUACAGCAGCUAUUGAAUCAUUUGAAACCCUCCAUAUUUCCGGGAUGACUGUCCCGAGUCGCCAACCCCUUGCCCACCGAAAACGAAGGCGUAGGAGGAGGCAGGACAAGCCUGCCAUCACGGCCAGGCUAGUGCUAGACGACCAUGUGAAGGGAGACGUUGGCAUCCUGUCCGACGACUUGUUCGCCGACCUCUUCCCUCACCUGCAGGACGAGUCCGUCGCGGCCGAAGCCAGCGAGCUCCUCGACAUACACCACGUUGCCAUUGCCCCUUGGACGCCGUCUUCGAACCCCCAGAGGGCCAAUUGGACUAUCGUGCCCAUCGCCAAAUCUGCCGAUCUUGCCCAUUCGACCGUCCAAUUCUCCCCCUCGUCCCUUGCCCUGCAGAAUUUCGCGACGACGCUACAGCAGAUUGCGCCCUCGAAGCUUUCGAGCCAUAGUAGGAGUGGUAUUGAGAUAUUGGUCUUAGAUGUCGCCGCCAUCGCCCUAGACACUGUCUUCGUAAAUCUCGAGAGCGAUCUCGUAAGAAGGCUGGAGCAUGGAGAGGGGACUUCUUUCACAGGCCCUGCGUCCGGUAAAAAGACAGCCGCCGCGGGACGCGAUACCCCGACCGAUGAGCUCGCCGCCGCCUUGCGAGUUGCUCUAGGCACGCUAAGGGUCGUCCACGACGGCGACUUAUUCCCCUUGCCCCUCCUGCCACACCCGGUCACACAUGUCCCCCCUACACCGGGCAAGGUCGUACUAUGUGAACCCGUGGCACAAGGUAUUCUGGCGCCGAGCACCAAGAUCAUCUUAACGAGAGGUCAUGCCCCGUCGAAGCAGGGUCGCGGCGCUAUCGCGUCGACCCGAGCGUUGAAGGGUGCGGAACAGGACGACGAGGACACGGCAAAUGACCAAUUUUACUCUGCGACCGAAGAAGGAGAUAGACCGGAUGCAGCGAACGACAACUCGGAGGCCGUCACUGAGACGGACACGGAGGUUUCCGAGGUCGAGAAUGAAGACGAUCUCUCGGAUGACUCGAUGGAUGACAUAAUUUCUCUCCAGGCUCCGACGCUGCCUACGACGAAUGCCAGUGGCGUGUCAACUAUGCAACCAGGCACGCCAAUGACGAUCGGACGUGGGCGGAAAGUCAGCGGCAUAAACACACCCUCGGUGUUUUCGAGUUUUACCGCCACGACUGCUCGUGCAGAUCGCCCCCGGGGUCGCCUCUUCAAGGCCAAUGGCCUGAUGCGCCCGAUACCCUCCGAGUUGCUUCACCCCAAGCCUACGGCCGAGGACGAUGAAGAAAUGAGGGUAUACGUUGACAUAAAUUCGCUGACGCGGAUCGGUUGUUUUUCUGGGGAUUGGGUCCGCGUCGAGGCUUCAGAGGAGCCUCCCGCGAACGGUGUCGGUCUUUUCGGCCUCGGCAGCUUCGGACAACCCGGGGCAGAAGAGCCUACAUGGCGGCCGGCCAAGGUUUAUGGGCUUCCUGAGGGCUACUCUCAUCGGCCUGUGACCAGGAUUCCGAGCUCGAAGCACGACAUGAAUGGCAGGAGAUUUUCCUUCUUCGAAUCGCAAGUCCAGAGCUUCAAGGGGCCAGGGGCGUACAUGUCUCCUCUUCUACUUGCGAAUCUAGACGGUGCGCCUUACGUUCGCUUAGCCCCCUUGAAGAGGGCGGCGCACCCCCGACCGGGUCAGUCGAAGAUCACCGGUUCGUCGCGCCCGCCGUACGCUCGCGAGGUCACACUUCAACAAAUACGAACACCCAUCUCUUCAGAGAAGGCUCUUCAGACAGCUAUAUUCGGGGGGUUGAAGGACUACUUCGCGCGAAGCAUACGUGUGGUCAAAACGGGCGACCUCGUCGGUGUUCCGAUCGACACGCAACUUGGGCGCACUCUACAAGAGGCAACCAGUACGAACGACAGCCUGGCUCUUGACGACAUCGUCGCCCUCGCUAGCUCGAGCAAAUCUGGCGCCGGCGUAACGUCAAAGCCCGACGCUGUCGCCUGGUUCAAGAUUAGCCAUAUAGUGAGACAGAAAUCUGACCUUGCCGACGAAGACGAAGAAGAGGAUAUAUGGGGCGGUAUGGCUUGCGUCGACAGUUCCGCUACUCAAAUCGCCCAGUCUGGCGGAACCACGAGCUCUCUGCCGGGCACGAGGAGUAGCAAUUGGCCCUAUUACUUGGGUGUCGAAGAGGCUCCGCUGCCCGUGUCAAACCUCCUCACUCAGAAGCAGGCGAGGUAUAUCCCUCCUCUUAGACGACGACUAAGGGAGCUGAUGGCAGCUGCCACAAGCAAACGAGCUGUCCAUCUCAAGAUGCCUCCGGUAGCCGUUCUUCUCGUGUCAACCCAGCGCAACAUUGGCAAGGCUGCUGUGGCCACCGGUGCCUGUGCGGAUAUCGGGUUGCAUACGUUUACCAUCGACGCCUAUGAUAUAGUCAACGAGAGCGGUCCGGGUGGUAGCGAUGUAAAAACUGAGGGGCUUCUCAAGGCACGAGUAGAUCGUGCUAUGAGUUGCGGGUCCGAUUGCUGCGCUCUUCUUGUCCGCCACAUCGAAGCCCUGACGGCCGACAGGAUGGUAGGGGCAAUGAAGGAAAUCCUCAACGACACCAGAGUGCUAAUCGGCACAACCACUGAAGUCGACAAGGUUCCCGAUGGCAUUAGGGGACUCUUCACCCACGAGCUCGAGAUGAGCGCGCCAGACGAAGGGGAACGCGAAGGCAUAUUGCGGUCCAUCGUACAAAAUCGUGGAGUGUUUCUUGCCCCCGAGGUCGAGCUGAGCGGUGUUGCCAUCAAAACUGCCGCACUCGUUGCCGGUGAUCUAGUUGACGUAGUGGAGCGUGCCAUCGUCGCGCGAGACUCCCGCCUGGAGUCGUUGUCGGCGAGGUUUUCGAACGACAACUCACCCGUGACCGUGCGCGAUAUACAGACAGCCGGCGGCUCGUCUGCGAGAUGCUUGACUAAGUCGGAUUUCGACAUCGCUAUAGAUGCAGCAAGGAAAAAUUUCGCAGACGCUAUUGGCGCGCCAAAGAUACCGAAUGUUACCUGGGACGAUGUCGGCGGCCUCAAUAAUGUCAAGGAAGCAGUUAUGGAGACGAUUCAACUACCUCUCGAGAGGCCCGAGUUGUUUGCCAAGGGAAUGAAAAAGCGUUCUGGCAUCUUGUUUUACGGCCCACCUGGUACCGGCAAGACACUGUUGGCGAAGGCCAUUGCUACGGAGUACAGCCUGAAUUUCUUCAGUGUUAAGGGCCCCGAGCUGCUCAACAUGUACAUCGGAGAGUCGGAGGCCAACGUUCGGAGGGUCUUCCAACGCGCCCGAGACGCGAGACCCUGCGUUGUCUUCUUCGACGAGCUCGAUUCGGUCGCCCCGAAACGAGGAAACCAGGGAGACAGCGGAGGCGUGAUGGACCGUAUCGUGUCACAGCUUCUGGCGGAGCUGGAUGGUAUGUCCGGGGGAGACGACGGCGGGGGCGGCGUGUUCGUUAUCGGCGCGACGAACAGGCCAGACCUACUCGACCAGGCGCUUCUACGCCCUGGCAGAUUUGAUAAGAUGCUCUACCUAGGCGUGUCCGACACUCACGAAAAGCAGCUCAAAAUCAUGGAAGCCCUAACAAGAAAGUUCACGCUCCAUCCAACCGUGUCACUUCCCGUCGUUGCCGAGCACCUGCCCUUUACGUACACGGGCGCGGAUUUCUACGCCCUGUGUAGUGACGCGAUGCUUAAAGCAGUCACGCGACAAGCGUCGCUCGUGGAUUUGAAGAUCCGGGCCAUGAAUGCGGAGAUAGAGAAGGCCGCAGGGCACCACCACCUCGUUUCAACUGCCAACUUCUUCGACCAUCAUGCCACGCCCGAGGACGUCGCUGUCAUGGUCACGGAACAAGAUUUCCUCGAGGCCAACCGAGAGCUGAUUCCCUCCGUCAGCGCCGGGGAGCUCGCGCACUACGAGAGGGUUCGGGCCACUUUUGAGGGUGGUCGACAGAGGAACGGCAGCAAAGAGCGGAGUAGCGCAGAGACCCCCAUUGCAUACGACGCGUUCAGAUCGGGCUCGAUCGGGAAGGGUAAAGGCAAAGCCGUGGCAAGCAAUGGCGGCGGUAGUAACAGCGGUAGCAUCGGCAAGGGGAAAGGGAAGGCUAUCGCCACCGCUAGCGAUGACGGAAGUACGAAUGGAAAAAACGAUAACGACGACGCCUCCGGCGGGAGCGUGAACGGCAGGUCCAAAGGCAAAGGCAAGGCGACUAUUGGCAGCUUCCAAGACGGAACGGCGAGCGACGACGAAGGGUUAUAUUAGAGAGAGAGAAAGGAUAAUACAGGAAAAUUCGGCUCUUUCCCCCGUUCUCGUCAUGUCAAUAUUUGAUUCUUGCGCGAAAAGCAAGUACAAGCCGGCCGAAGCCGAAGCCAAGGUUCAAAGUCGGGCUAUCUGAAAGUCUUGUAGAUAUAACGAUCGAUUGGUGGCCGACGGCGACUUGCUGGAUAGAUGGAGGGACGAACAGUGGUUAUAUAGGAAGAAGUGGGAGAAGAACGCCAAGGGAUAUUAUCAAUUAGGGUAGAUACCGGCCACAUACAUAUAUGCAUAUAUUGUAAGCGAGCCGACGAUGAUGGCCCGGCGGAGGUAGUGUAGCGAGUACCAAAUCUAUCGACUUCGUGGCGGGGAGAAGAGAUGA